CAUAAUUUGGCGAUCAUUGAGUUCGCUUGGAUCGGAUUGUUGGCAGCAACAAUGACGACCCAGGUCAAGUCGUACUUCCUGGCGCCCAACUGGGACUAUCAGAAAGACGGCCCGCUGGCCCUGGGCAACAUCAUCGCCGACCCCAGCGACCCGGUCUUCUCGAAGAAGUCUGCGUUCCCUUUCAACGUCUACGCCCCGCCAGUGCAGCUGCCUCAACUCGCCUUCCCCCUGCCGACCAUCUACAAGAACCCGCCGGAACAAUGGGCCCACGUGGAGUCGGAAAUGCAGGGUGGACGGCUCAAGAUCCUCGGCCAGUUCCUGGCGUCGUGCGGACUCAACGUGGAGGGUGGGGUUUCGCACACCACGCAGCAGGACUACCACUACGGCAUGGAAAGCAUCCAGACGUCGUACUUUGUCCCGGACGACGACUACGUGCGGAAUCGGCUCCGGGAGCCACCGAUCCAGCUGUGGCUCAAAGGCCGGAGCAUGUUCCAGAGCAAGUCCCUCUAUAUGAUCACGGGCGUCAAGAUCGCGCGCGGGCUGGUCCUCUACCGCAAACGGACCAGCCAGAUUGAGGGGGCAGGCGAGAUCUCGUUCGACGCCACCCCGCUCGGGGUUCCAGUCCAGGUCGGCCUGGACGGCGGGUACCAGGCCCAAAGUAGCAGCGCGACAACGUCCUCCUCCUCGACCGACGUUGUCUUCACGUACCAGCUGCGGAAGAUCGCCAUCGACCACGCGGGGACCGUGGCCAACGAGCCGUACAACAAGGGGGCGUUCAUGCUCGUCGGACCCGGCGCGAGCGGGGGGCAGCAGGUCCUGGCGUUCAAGCUGGGCGAUCACGAUGUCACUGCCGAGGACAUCGACCGACAUGGUGACUGCGCGGCUACGCUGGCCGUUGAGCAGGACAUCAUCGACGGCGAGUUAUGCAACGUUUUGUAUGCGAAAUUGUGACCCUGAUCCGGUCCCAGAGUGAAAAUCUGGUUGGGGGUGAUCAACUACAUAGCCACCGGAAAGCUCUGUUAUACAAGAUUGGGGUGGUGCCAGUCGUCUAUCAAAGUAGUGAUUGAUUCUUAUCCUGCGCCACAAAGUAUGCCUUAUGUAUCUUCCCUUGGUAUCUUGAACUG